AUGCAGCUGAAUCAAGGUGUAGUAUUGGCUAUACACAGUACUGGAAUAGCAGUGAGAGGCAUGCAGCUGAAUCAAGGUGUAGUAUUAGCUACAUACAGUGCUGGAAUAGCAGUGAGAUGCAUGCAGCUGAAUCAAGGUGUAGUAUUGGCUACAUACAGUGCAGGAAUAGCAGUGAGAUGCAUGCAGCUGAAUCAAGGUGGAGUAUUGGCUAUAUACAGUGCAGGAAUAGCAGUGAGAUGCAUGCAGCUGAAUCAAGGUGGAGUAUUGGCUACAUACAGUGCAGGAAUAGCAGUGAGAGGCAUGCAGCUGAAUCAAGGUGGAGUAUUGGCUACAUACAGUGCAGGAAUAGCAGUGAGAGGCAUGCAGCUGAAUCAAGGUGGAGUAUUGGCUACAUACAGUACUGGAAUAGCAGUGAGAGGCAUGCAGCUGAAUCAAGGUGGAGUAUUGGCUAUAUACAGUACUGGAAUAGCAGUGAGAUGCAUGCAGCUGAAUCAAGGUGGAGUAUUGGCUACAUACAGUGCAGGAAUAGCAGUGAGAGGCAUGCAGCUGAAUCAAGGUGUAGUAUUGGCUACAUACAGUACUGGAAUAGCAGUGAGAUGCAUGCAGCUGAAUCAAGGUGUAGUAUUGGCUACAUACAGUACUGGAAUAGCAGUGAGAGGCAUGCAGCUGAAUCAAGGUGUAGUAUUGGCUAUACACAGUACUGGAAUAGCAUUGAGAGGCAUGCAGCUGAAUCAAGGUGUAGUAUUGGCUAUACACAGUACUGGAAUAGCAGUGAGAGGCAUGCAGCUGAAUCAAGGUGGAGUAUUGGCUACAUACAGUGCAGGAAUAGCAGUGAGAUGCAUGCAGCUGAAUCAAGGUGGAGUAUUGGCUACAUACAGUGCAGGAAUAGCAGUGAGAGGCAUGCAGCUGAAUCAAGGUGGAGUAUUGGCUACAUACAGUGCAGGAAUAGCAGUGAGAGGCAUGCAGCUGAAUCAAGGUGUAGUAUUGGCUACAUACAGUACUGGAAUAGCAGUGAGAGGCAUGUAG